AAACCCUCGGCCUGGAUUUGCGGGGGACAACCUCGUACCUAUCAUUCAUCUUUGCAUGCAGAUAACCAGCUCGGACCUACUGCUAUCGUGAGUGUUUUGCGCGGCCAAGACCGCCGCGGUCUUGGAAGGGUGUCCCAAUCGGGAAGGAGGUCUUCUAUGGUGACCAGGAACCUGUCGACUGUACUCAUCUAUAGGGUGGUUACGGGAUGAACGACAUACCCCUCACCAUGUAUAAAGUCUGUGUGGAGGUCCUCGUUUGUACUACACGGGCUUUACCCUCUACUCUCUGCCACACAUUACCAUGAAGGUAUCCACCCUUCUCAGUCUGCUGCCUACAGCAGCUCUUGCACACGACCUGCUGAGUGUAGCUUUCUUCGCAAAAGAGAAGACUCAAUUGCUGGACUUUGUUUCGGACAACGAACACAUCGACUAUGGCUGCCGUCCGGUGGUCAUUCCUUCCAACAAUGAGCACAAACUCCACGCUAUGCUCACUGAGGAGCAAGUCCAUCACUAUAGGAGGAGCCUGGAUGCUGGCGCUAUUCGUGUUGAGACUCUCGACCAUCUGAACAAGCGACAGACUGCAACGGCACCCAUUGGUAAGGGCGACCGCUUCAAGGGAGGCAAGGUUGCCCCUCGCGGCUUAGGUAACCAGAAGCCUGAUGUGUAUGGCUCAUACCAGAGGGCUGGUAUUCUGAACGCCGACGAAGUCUACACGGCACUGAAAGGCCUAGAGAAAGAGUAUGGUCUGGAACUGUUCAAGGCACCAUAUAAGACCUUCGAAGGCAACACAGUUUGGGGCGGUGUAGCCAACAAAGCUGAGAAGAUCAAGAAGGGCAAGCAACACAUCUACUUCACUUCCGGUAUCCACGCUCGUGAGCGGGGUGGUCCAGACAAUCUGAUCUACUUCAUCUCGGAUCUUCUGUACGCCAACAAGCACCGCAAGGGCCUGACCUACGGCAACAAAACCUACACCAACUCCGAUGUCAAGAAAGCCCUUGGCGCAGGAAUCGUCUUCAUCCCCAUGACCAACCCAGACGGCGUCCGCCACGACCAGGCGAACAGCAAUCUCUGGCGCAAGAACCGCAACCCUGCUUCUUCCGUCUCCGGCAUCAACGCCAGCGUCGGCGUAGACCUGAACCGCAACUUCGAUUUCCUAUGGAACUUCACCAAGCACUUCGACCCCUCAGUCUCUCCCGCGUCGACAAACUCGUCAUCCCAGGCUUUCUACGGGACUGCGCCGUUCUCAGAGCCAGAGACACGCAACAUGAAGUGGGUGUACGACAUAUUCCCCAAGAUCAGGUGGUUCAUCGACGUGCACUCUGCUGCAGGCACGCUGCUGUACUCCUGGGGCGAUGAUAUCAACCAAUCCAAUGAUCCUAAGCAGAGCCAGUUCAACCCUGCUUACGACGGUAAGCGCGGCGUUGUGAACGACACACUGUACCGCGAGUACAUUGAAGAGGAGGACUGGUACAAUAUCGAGCUGCAGGCAAACAGGACCACCGCUGCUAUGGUGUCGGUUGGUGGGCGAACAUACGUGCCGCAGCAGGCUGUUGGUCUGUACCCGACGAGCGGUGCGUCUGAUGAUUGGGCGUCUAGUCGCUGGUACGGAGACAAGAAGCUCAACAAGGUGCAUGGAUACACGCUGGAGUUUGGGUACCCUACAAACUUUUACCCAACCGCGGAGGAGUACGUUCAGAACAUCAUUGACACCAAUGCUGGUUUCAUGGAGUUCAUUCUUACUGCCGAUGAAAUUGGUCUGAAGGAUGAACGGAAUGAAUGAGGGAAAGGUUGAUGAUGUUAUGAGAUACGAGGUGACGAAGUUGUGAAGUAGUUGUAGACUUGAAU